AUGGCGCCCUUGACACGAUUCCGCGCCGACGAAAACCAUGUCCCAACCGACGCAAUGGUCGAAUACUACUCCCAGCGUGCCUCCGUGCCCGGCACUCUCCUCCUGACGGAAGCAACUUUCAUCAGUGAGCGUUCCGGCGGGUACGCCAACAUCCCCGGUCUAUGGACCCUCGAGCAACUGGACGGGUGGAAAAAGGUGACGGACGCUGUACACGCCAAGGGGUCCAAGAUUUACGUCCAGCUUUGGGCCCUCGGGCGUGCGGCUGAACCUGAAAUUGGCGAGGGAUCUGGUGGAGCCCUCUACGAGGAGGGAUUCACCGACGUCGUCAGCGCGAGCGACGUACCCAUGUGGGAUGGUCUCCCGAAGCCGCGUCCUCUGGACGAGAGCGAAAUCUGGGGAUACGUCAAGGACUACGCCUCCGCGGCGAAAAUGGCCGUGGUACGCGCCGGCUUUGAUGGCGUGGAGAUUCACGCAGCCAACGGUUACCUGAUCGAUCAAUUCAUUCAGGAUGUCUCUAACCAUAGGACUGAUCAAUGGGGCGGCAACAUCGCCAACCGCGCCCGUUUUGCGUUUGAAGUGGCUCAGGCCGUCUCCGAAGCCGUGGGCCCAGACCGUGUGGGCAUUCGCUUGAGUCCCUUCAGCGAGUUCCAGUCGAUGCGCAUGAGCGAUCCCGUACCACAGUUCCGAUUACUGAUCUCCACUCUUCGGAAGCUGGACCUUGCGUACCUGCAUCUCAUCGAGCCACGCAUCGCAGGAUACAUUGAAAAAGAAGGGGUCACAGAUACCCUGGACUUCGCUCUCGAAGCAUGGGGAAAGCAAAAGCCUGUGCUUCUUGCAGGCGGAUUCAAGCCAGACUCAGCCAAGGAGAUUGUCUCGACCAAGUAUCCCGAGUACAACAUGGCCGUUGUGUUUGGUCGUCUUUUCAUCUCCACGCCUGACUUGGUGUACCGAAUCCAGAAAGGGAUUCCCCCGAAUCCCUACGACAGGAAAACGUUUUACAGGACCAGGGAGGCGCCGUUGGAGGUCGGAUACACAGACUAUCCUUUCUCAACUGAAUUUACGAAAGAGUUUGGUGCUCUCAACUGA